GUCAAAAAGUCAAGGGCUGAGAGAAGCUGCAGAGGAAGAGGCUUUAAGGACAAAAAGGAACAAAAUUACAAGAAUAAAAGGGAAACUCUGCAGCCUCGCUGAUGACUGCAGCCCGUUCUUUACAAGAACAAAAAAAAAACAACAAAAAAAACAAAACAAAGGGAAUUCUGAACCAUAACGAUGAAGCUGUUGUUUCAGCUCUGCUUCCUGGUUCUAGCAAUUCCAUCUGUUGCGGGAGCUCAGAAUCUAACGGAGACGGGUCAUAAUGAGGUGGAAACAGAUAAAAAUGGGCUUACUAAAGACCCGCCUGCUACCCAACAACUAAAUGAAACAACACAGAUUGUGGACCCUGACAUGGAUGAAAAAGGAGGUCAUAAUGUCUCUAAAACACGGCUGGCCCUCAACCAAACCGUGGAGGAGGCUACCAAUACAUCAGAGACAGGUCCACUGACACCAACAACAGUGGCCCCGACCUCACCAACAUCAUCAGCAACCAGGACAGGGGGAGAGAAAGCAGAAACCAACCAAACUAAAGAGUCCACCAGUGCGUCGGCUUCAACGACAAUAGCUCCUACUUCUUCCAGCCCAGUGGUUGUCGCUGCGUCCGGUUCAUCCUUGGGUUAUGGAAUCCUGGUGUUCAUGAUCAUUCUGAUCGUGACGCUGUGUAUUAUCCUUUACAUGCUGAGGAGGGCGUCCAGGACAUACUCGUUUGAUCUGCAGCGCCCCGUACCCGUCAGCAACCCUUACGAGCCCACUGGCACCUUUGGUCAGGUCUACCUGGAUGAUCUGGACCGACCCGUUCCCAAAGAUGGGCUCACAGAGGACCCCCCCACCACACCGGUACCCAACGGCACAAGUCCACCAACGCAGGAAAAGGCAGCCAGUGAAGAAAAUGCUCCCCAGGAACCGGCGGCAGCGAGCGACCCGCAGAACCUUUCCUCCAGCAACAGCAGCUCCCUGUCAGAGGACUUCCUGGACGAGAAGAAGUCCAACCAGAUGAGCAGCAACAACUUGUUCUUUGACGCAUCCGAGGAGCCGCCGCAGCAGCAGAAGAACGAAAACAACAACAAUCCGUCGGUUUGCUCCAGCGAUCCAUUUGUGGAAAUAAACCUGGACGAGCCGGCGUGGUCCGAGCUGCUAAGUUCUCCUCAGCCGACCUCCUCGGUGCUCCCCUUCUCCUCGUUCUCCUCCUCUACAUCCGGUUCUUCAUAGCGUCAACAUGGAAGCACCAGAAGGAGCAGAAGAUCUUUUCAGAUUUCUCUGUUUUUUCAACAAAAGGCCUCCCUGCUUACUUGAAACGACAACAAGAUGAACACAAAGCUAGCUCAAAGUGAGCUUGAACUUUGUCCACGACGACUUCUUGAAUUUUGUUCUUUUUCACGGAUG